AGGACGACGUACGGGGUAGCUCGUCCUUAUUUUCUCCAGCUUUCUCUUAUUUCAUCUCUCUUGUCAUCCAGAAUGAACUAUUCAAGAUUUUUAACAAAAUUAUCUCAGAAUCGGCAGCCUUCUUUGAUACGUGAAUUAACGAACUUGCUAACCGAUGCAUCACCGGAGUUGGUCUUCAGCGGGGGAUUGCCAAACCCUCAGAUGUUCCCCUUUCAAGCUGCUUCUAUAACCAUGAAGGACGGCCGAGCGAUCACAAUUCAUCCAAAGCUUAUGACAGACUGUCUGCAGUAUGGCCCAACAGCUGGGUAUCCACCAUUGGUUAAGAAGCUGAAGUCCUUAACAGAAAGACUCCAUGCGCCACCACGAUGGGCUGAUACGGAUCUCAUUGUCACAGCAGGGAGCCAGGAUGGUUUGUGCAAGGCACUCGAAAUGAUGAUUGAGCCGGGGGAUUUUGUUGUGACCCAAGAACCAUGCUACACCGGUACUCUAUCCAUUCUAAACCCUUUUGAACCACGUUAUGUAGCAGUGAAGUGUGAUCAUGAAGGCAUGAAUCCUAAAGCCUUAAAAGAGGCGUUGUCCCAGUGGAAACCAGAAGAAAUUAGAGAUGUCAAGACAGGAGUUCCAAAAGUACUGUACAUCAACCCAAAUGCAUGCAACCCAACUGGAGUAUCUGUAGGCGAGAAACGACGUAGGGAAAUAUAUGACAUUGCUUCGGAAUACAAUCUUAUAAUUCUUGAAGAUGAUCCAUACUACUUUGUACAGUUUGGAAACUUAAAGGACUUCCCUCCCAGUUUUCUCAGUAUGGAUACAGAAGGAAGAGUUUUAAGGUUUGAUUCCUUUUCCAAAGUACUGAGCUCAGGACUUAGACUGGGCUAUGUAACUGGGCCAAAGCCGCUUGUCGAGAGGAUUGUUUUACACAAGCAAGUUUCGAUUCUACAUGCAUCUUCCAUGUCACAGGUGCUAAUUAGUGAGCUUUUUGAAAUGUGGGGAGAGGAUGGGUUCCUGAAACAUACAGAAGCAGUUCAAGAGUUUUACUUGAAGCAGAGAGAAGCCAUGUUGGAAGCAGCAGAAAAACACCUUACAGGUCUAUGUGAAUGGGCUGUUCCAACAGGUGGAAUGUUCCUCUGGCUCAAGGUACCUGGUGUGAGUGAAACAUGGGAAAUGAUCCUGAAUAGAGCUUUGAAAAAGGAUGUUAUUCUUGUACCCGGCAGGGCAUUCAUGUGUGAUCCUACCACACCUUGUUCAUAUAUGAGAGCUGCAUUUUCCAUUGUCACUCCAGAGAAGAUGGAGAAGGGUCUAAAGAAUUUGUCUGACUUGAUACGAGAAGAACUUGAACUUCAGAAAGCUUAAGUGAAAGAUUUCAACUUCAAGACCAAGUUGAACUCUUAUUCAGAGGAUGGUGUUCUGUCAAACAAUGAGUACAGAUUUUGCAUUGUCUUAUAAUUUAGAUUCUUGUUUUAUAAAUAAAGAACAAAAGGAAAUUUCUGCCAUUGCUUACUGCAUAAUCAUUCUUGAUGUUGACAUUUGUAUGAAAUAUGUAACCAUCAAAAUAAGUAUUGAGCAGUUCUUUGUGAGUGUUGUAAAUUGAUAAUUGUUUAUAAUCAUCUUCGGUAAAUCUGUCUUUACAGUACUAAAGUCCAAGUGCUAAGUGUGAUUCUUGAAAUCUUAACGUGGUGUUGCUAUAGAAUAUCAUAUCCUUGCAUACAUUUAAAGGUAAGAUGAUCAGAAUAUGUUUUAUUUUAGAUACUUGAUAUUUAUUGUGUUAUAAAUGUAGAUAUGAAACAAUGAAGAACAAGGAGAAAAAAGGAUUAAGAAUAGCAUUAGAAGCAGAUGCAGGAGUAGUAGUAGCAUUACUAUUAGUAGUAUUGGUAGUAUUAGUAGUAGUAGUGAUAGUAGUAGU